AUGGCGACUCUCACCAUGACUCCUCCCACUCGCCAGCCUUUUGCUAGCCUGGACACCCCGCGAAUGCGGCCUAUCAUGCGUUCCAAGUUGAACUUUCAAAACAUUCAAAAUAGCGUAUCUCUAUCCAAAAAGAGCUCCAUUUACAUUGAAGACUCAGAAAAUAUCGACCCCUACACCCGCAGCCUAUCUGCCAAGCGCAAGCGCACCCUUGAUGACGAUGAAAUCUCCAAGGGAUCCCCCAAACCCGUCAAGGCAUCCCGCAUCUCCCUCUCCACCCGCGCCACCAACAAUGUCUCAUCUCGCUUCUCCACCCCCUUGAAGACCAUCCCAUCCACUCCCAAAUCGGCCCCAAUGCCCAAGCCCGCUGGUCGGACUCCACCAUCCAAGUCAAGCAAGGCACCUGGCCGCCGGUCGGCCAUCGCCAAAGCCAGACCUGGUUCGGCCAAACGUGCCGUUGCCAGGCCAUUCUCCCUUGCUUCUGCUCUCGUGCAGGCCAAGCCUGCUGCACCCAAGCCUGUCGCGCCCAAGUCCCCGACGGGCUGGUUCUUCGAUAUUCAUGUCGACUCCGAGCAGGAGGAGAUGACUAACCUGAUGCAGCACUCGACCGGUGUGCUUGAUAUCAGCGAUGACGAGGGCAAAGCCUCCUCCAUCGCUGAUGAGCGUGGCAAGGAGAAUGUGCCCCCGUCGGAGCUUGGUAUUGAUCUACCUCGCAGUAGCCAGGCUAUUGCUUUGGCUGCUGCUGCCGAGGCUCGCAAGGUGGAGAAAAUGGAAGAGGAUCGCGCCCCGCUUGGUGAGCUUACAGCUUCGGAUUAUUACCCCGAAGACUGCAAUGCUUUCUCGUAUGCGGUCAUUUAUGAUGAUGAAAAUGGUCCUCCGGCCAAGAUUACUCCUGUUAUGCCGCCGCCGUCGACCUUUGGCUCGCCCGAGGUCACUACUUCUAUUGAUUCUUUGCUCAAGACUGCCCUUCCACCCAAGUUUGAGGACAAGAAGGAGGCAGCUCCUAAGGAGGAUCGUGAGACAGCUCAUGCCUCGGAGGAUAAGACCGAGUCCUUCUAA